AUGCUGUUUCCAGGCAGUGACUAUAAGAAUGUCUCGAAGAAAAUGCCGCUGGAAAGCAGGCGAGACAAGCAGUUGCUUCGUGGCGCCGCUGGUGGCUCAUCGUCCGCAGCAGUCGUCAUGAAUCAGAUAAAGGUUGUUCGCGGUGCGCGAAUUGGCAAGGAGUUCAUUAUGCGAUUAAUUGGUCAAUACGUUGAUGAUGUGAAACCGCUGUUGUUGAGGGUGGAUCGUGCCGAUAUAACGUUCUUCAUUGAAGAUGACGAUAUAGCUGCAGCGAUUCAAGCAAUAUCGCGACGCAUCCGCGAUCCUGCCUCCAAUACACCGAUUACGAUUCUACGCACUCGAAUGUCUGCAGGCUUCACUACGAUUUUGCUCAGCGAAAAACAGUUGAUCGAGGAAUGUUUGAGAAAGCGAUACUUAGCAGAGACGCAUUCGCUGGAUUUGAGUGAAUUCGGCUUAGAUGAA